UCUUCCUCAAGGAGAUGAAUAGCACAGCAGAUUCUGGUGGACUUACCAACAUUGGAGGAUUUGGCUAUGGAAUUGGAGUUUCAAUUGGAAUCCUUCUGCUGAUCACAACUAUCACCCUGGCUUCCUAUUUCUGCGCCCGAACUGACCCGCAGACAAUGGCCCCAGCAACUAGAAGGACUCUUCCUCAACACCCAAUUGAAACUCAUGAUUAUGUCGUCGAUGUAGGCCUCGAUGAGGCCACCAUCCUGAGUUAUCCAAAGCUGCUUUACUCGGAGGCCAAGCUCAAGAAGACAGACUCCACCGCGACAUGCUGCUCGAUUUGUUUAGCAGAUUACAAGAGUACUGAUAUGCUUCGCCUGCUGCCUGAUUGUGGGCACCUCUUCCAUCUCAAGUGUGUUGAUCCGUGGUUGCGGCUGAACCCCACUUGUCCAGUCUGUAGAACAUCUCCAUUGCCAACGCCACUCUCGACACCUCUGGCCGAGGUAGUUCCAUUGGCAAGCAGAAGGGAUUGAUAUUUGGUGGCUACAAUGAGAGGAUAUUGUAGAAUUGCAAUUUUGGUCUAUGUACAAAUUGCUACAUGACAAC